AGGAGGGAGGAGAGAGAGAGAGAAAGAGGGAGGAGAGAGGGAGGCAGCAGGGACUCGGUAACCUGCGGGAACACUCAUCUGGUCCUGCAGCAGAGACGCUCUCCAGACCUCCCUCCCCACCGGCAGCUCACCUCCGUUCUCCUCCGGCUCCUUUACAAACACUCUCCCGUUGUUUGCAUCCCUCCGCCCGCAGCCCCAGCGUCGGUCGCACUCGGGCCGGUCGAAGCAGCGCCAUGGCUCGGGAGAACGGAGACGCCGGCAGAGGAGAGACGUGGAAGAAACAAGUGGACGACAUCAAGAAGAGGUUUGACUUCAAGGAGCUGCUCGGCACAGGAGCCUUUUCAGAGGUGGUCCUGGCCCAGGAGAAGCUGACCGGCCGGAUGUUUGCGGUGAAGUGCAUCCCCAAAAAGGCCCUGAAGGGGAAGGAGAGCAGCAUCGAGAAUGAGAUCGCUGUGCUGAGGAAGAUCAAGCACGAGAACAUUGUGGCUCUGGAGGACAUCUAUGAGAGUCCCGACCACCUCUACCUGAUCAUGCAGCUGGUUUCAGGUGGCGAGCUGUUCGACCGCAUCGUGGAAAAAGGUUUCUACACGGAGAAGGAUGCGAGCACGCUGAUCCGACAAGUCCUGGACGCAGUUCACUACCUGCACAAGAUGGGCAUCGUGCACCGAGAUCUAAAGCCAGAGAACUUGUUGUAUUUUAAUCCUCAAGAUGAGUCAAAGAUCAUGAUUAGCGACUUUGGUCUUUCCAAGAUGGAGGGCAGUGGUGACGUCAUGUCCACUGCCUGCGGUACUCCAGGAUAUGUGGCUCCAGAGGUUCUCGCUCAGAAGCCGUACAGUAAGGCAGUGGACUGCUGGUCCAUCGGAGUGAUCGCCUACAUCCUGCUGUGUGGUUAUCCCCCGUUCUACGAUGAAAACGACUCCAAGCUCUUUGAACAGAUCCUGAAAGCCGACUACGAGUUUGACGCCCCGUACUGGGACGACAUAUCAGACUCAGCCAAGGAUUUCAUCAGCAGUCUGAUGGAAAAGGAUCCAACCAAGCGUUUCACCUGUGAACAGGCACUCAGACACCCUUGGAUCGCUGGGGAUACGGCUCUCUGCAAGAACAUCCAUGAGUCAGUGAGCCGACAGAUCAGGAAGAACUUCGCCAAGAGUAAAUGGAGGCAAGCGUUCAAUGCCACCGCAGUGGUUCGGCACAUGAGGCGGCUGCAGCUUGGCAGCAGCAUGGGCAGCAGCAUGGACGCCUCCAACCAGCCGACCAGGCAGAGCCAGGCGCAGAAGCCGGCCCAGAGCUCGAGCCAGGCGGUUCAGAACCAGUCAGCUCAGAGCCAAAACACAGCGCAGAGCACCAACAUAGCCGCCAGCAAAACCUCUUCCACUGACAACAACAUAGCAGCGCCACGCAAGGAAUGCGUGACUGCGCCCGUCACACCCUGCAGUCUGGCGUCCGCGGCCUCGUCUCCCGCCACCGGGGCAGAGCUGAACCGGCCACAUCCCUCAGCGGUGCCGGCCCCAGUGCUCACGGAGACCAAGUGACGCCAGGUCCCGCGGGGAACCAGCUGGGAGGCCACAGCACUGUGAGGCAAAGAGAAAAGAGGACACCUGAAGAAGAAGAGGAUCGCCCCCUUCUUCGUCCUUCUCUUCACCGUACUUCCUCUUGGAUGCCGUCCAGCCAGUUCCCCGCCCUGCUCCCGGGAGAGCAGAGGACUUUUCCUCCACUCCACCGAUUCAAGCCACACAGCGCCAUACUGUAAGCCCACCCACCCACCCAUCCACCAGAACAGCAGCAGCAUGGCCUCUGACUAACAGUGCGGAUCUUUGUGCGGCCGGCUGUGGUUGGUUGGCAUUUGAUGAUGAGUGUCGACUGCCCUGAAAUCGAGCAAUGAUCAGUGGCUCAGGAGGGGCGGUGGUAUCAUAUUAUUCAAUGUCAGUCAACAUCAACUUCCCUCUUUAAUCUAGUCUUUCUUGCAACACUUUGUUUAGCUUUUCUCCAAUCUUAGGUUUGACUGUUGGUAACUGGAUCGUUUUCUAUUUUACUAUUAUUAAUGUUCAUUUUAAAGGUGCUAUGUGUAACUUGAAACAAAUAUAUCAUUGUCAAACUGAUCGCACUACUUUGGUAUUAUAGCUGUAAAUAAAAAAGACCAGAGACAAGAUGACAGCUUGCUAUUAAUUGCGGGACAAUUUGUCAAGAUUAAGACCCCAUUUCCCAUAACCCCCCUUGUUUCAUCUCCAAUGAUCACCACACUCUCUGAAAUCAGUAACUUUCUCUGUGAACCAAUCAAGAGGAUUUAAAGUCAGAAAAGAGGCGGGCAGACUUCUGAAUAAUGACAUCACGAGUUUACACAAAUCCCAUUAAUGUUGUAAACUUAAUUGACAAUGAUUUAUCCAUGUGAAAAUGUUUCACAUGGCACCUUUAAGACUUUUUCUACGUCCUUAUGGGCUUUUUGUUUGUUCGUGCUUUAAGAAGUGCUUUAAAAGUACCAUACGACUGUUGAGAUGUGAAAACACAAGUAAGCGUUUUACCUAUUUUGCACAGAGAGGGCCAGAUAUGUUCUCAGACACAGAUAAGCCGCACUCCACUUAUGUUUUUCAUACAGAGAUUAGAGAUUGUAAAAUUUCAAAAACAAAAAAACUACAGAAACCCAGGGUGGAUUUCAAAGCAUUUCACUACUUGUAUAUUGUCUGGAACGUUCUGAUUUAUUCUGAUUUAUUUAUUUUUAUUUUUACUUUAUAAGAGUUUUAUAACAAUCACCCUUAAAGGGGAACACAUACAGGUUACUAAGAAGCAUGCAGCAAGUUAAGGAUAGGUUAGGAGGAGAUAUGUAUUUACUGGAAAAACUGCCUCCAGCUGAGAAUGUUUGUGACUGAUAGCUCACAUUUCACUUCCCAAACGAAGGAGCCACAAGCAGCACAGGGAGCUACAGGACAUAAAAAUGUCAUGUUAUAUUCACCGGCCUCCCACGUGAACCUUCUAAGUAUUUUGGCCCGUGUGGAGUCAAAAAAACCAGGUUGGAGAAGCUGCGGCCUCCCGUUGUUCCGUCCCCCUCUAAUGAAGCCAUGAUCUCCCCUUCCUCGCGUCAUGAAGCUGUACACAGAUCAGAAGUGCUCAGGGAAAACCGCAGCUGUACUGUGUGCUUGCCAACGCUGGUUUCCUGGUUUAGGUGUUUCCAUUAUUGUCCAGGUGAUGUGGCUUCACGGUUAAAGAUCCAGGGCUCAAGACGUUAGCCGUGUCCUUACUGCAGAGUUGUAGUGACAUGGCUUUUUUUUCCCUCAGUGCUACCGUCACGUCUCACCUGAUCACCUGUUUGGUUAAUAGGCCAAAUAUCAAAAACAGAAAAUGGCGUAGAGCACAUAUACCCCCGCAAAGGCCCAACAGUCCCCAUAAAUUCUAUCAAGCUGCACCAAAGUGCACACAAUCAAAGAUAUCAGUCCCUUAAAUGUGCCUGAUCUUUUAUAAUCAAGAUAAAAUUGGUGAAAAAUUUCAAAAGCUAUUCUAUCUCACAAUGUUAAAAGAAAAAAGGGAUACAAAAUGGUUUUUGUCUGGAUCCACGGCAAGAUUUAAUGGGUUCUCUCUUGGCUCACGUCCCACAGACAGUAACAAAACAACCAACAAGGGCCGGGGUGAAAACAUAAACUCCUUGCUUGAGUUGAAAUUCCAUCAU